UGUAUUGGAUUUGACUUUCAUCAGUGUGUUGCAGUCAUGUCACACUGAAAUGCAUUCACUCUCCAAUCACAGCAAUUUUUCAGCAAUUUGUGCUACAGUAGCUCUUCUGUGGGAUCAAAACAGACGGGCUAGCCUUCGCCCUUGAGGAGCCUUGGGGACCCACGACACUGUUGCUGGUUUAUCAGUAGUCCUUCCUUGGACCAUUUUUGGUAGGUACUAACCAGUACUACCAUGAAAAGACCUCAAGACCUGCCUUUUUAGAGACGCUCUGACCCAGUUAUCUAGCUAACACAAUUUGGCCCUCGUCAAAGUCGCUCAGAUCCUUACGCUUGCCCAUUUUUCCUGCUUCCAUCACAUCAACUAUGAGAACUGACUGUUCAUUUGCUGCCUAAUAUAUCCCAUCCCUCCACAGGUGCCUUUGUAACGAGAUAAUCACUGUUAUUCACGUCACCUAUCAGUGGUUUUAAAGUUAUAGCUGUGUGUAUUAGUGUAGUUUCUUAUUGGUUCACUGGUUCAUUUCCGUAUUCGUACUGCAUUGGUUGCUGAACCUUUAUUCACCAGGCUUUUCACAGAAUUACUGCUAAAAAGAUGUUAAAGAUAUUAAUAUGUCUAUAGAAUAUAGUUCUGUACUUGGCUACGACACAACACGAUGAACUACGUCAAAGCGUCGGUUAUAAACUACAAAUUGUCGCAUAAAUAAACGGUAAGAUGUCUGCGAUGUUAUCGGUACGCCCAUUUAACGUGGACCAAUCAGAUACGCCUGUGUGUGCAAUAUAUGACCAUUCGAAAUAUGCUUUGCACGUGGACCAAUCAGCGCGGCGGAUUUAGUCCUAAAUGGGCGGGGCGAGCAGCCUACCGGGUCAGCGCUUAACUCGCGGAACAGCGAGGCGUGUGGAUCCAAUGAGAUCACGCCGCGUCCAGGGGCCCGGUGGCUGUAACGAGCCGGUGACUGUUGUAGCACUGAUCUCAAGACAACGCUGUGCAGCGUGACUAUAAAUCAUCGACGCCGCAUGGGAUUCACUCAAUCGGCAUUAAUUUCACGUUUACCAGGGAGCAGUAUUUAAAUUCGAGCAGUGCACGGAGAGCUUUUCUUAUUGUCCACGCUGUCAGAUCAGCUUCACCUGCACCAGUCAUUCAGUUCCGAUAGAAAAACUUCUACCACUCAAGGUUACAAUGAGGGAAAAGCUGCCGUUAUCGGUGUUGUUCUGCCUCGCCCUAGCACUCCUUCCUUCUCCAACAGCUUCAGUUGCUGUGAUGUCGGUAGACCUGGGAAGCGAAUGGAUGAAAGUCGCUAUUGUUAAGCCUGGUGUGCCGAUGGAAAUCGCUCUGAACAAGGAGUCCAGAAGGAAAACUCCAGUGGCUGUAUGCUUAAAAGAAAAUGAAAGACUUUUUGGGGACAGCGCUAUGGGAGUAUCUGUGAAGAAUCCCAAAGUGGUGUACAGGUAUCUCCAGAGCCUUUUGGGAAAGACUGCUGAUAACCUACAGGUUGCGCAGUAUCAGAAACACUUUCCUGAACACCAGGUACUCCGAGAUGAAAAGAGGGGAACAGUGUAUUUCAAAUACUCUGAGGAGAUGCAGUAUACUCCAGAAGAGCUCUUGGGCAUGGUACUGAACUACUCUCGUGGCCUGGCUGAGGACUUUGCAGAACAAACCAUUAAAGAUGCAGUCAUCACCGUGCCGGCCUUUUUUAACCAGGCAGAACGUAGGGCAGUCCUACAGGCUGCUCAGAUUGCAGGUUUGAAGGUCCUUCAGCUCAUCAAUGAUAAUACAGCUGUGGCAUUGAACUAUGGACUCUUCAGGAGGAAAGACAUCAACUCAACUGCCCAGAAUGUGAUGUUUUAUGACAUGGGCUCAGGCAGUACAACAGCCACUAUAGUCACUUACCAGACAGUAAAGACCAAAGAGGCAGGCACACAGCCUCAGCUGCAGAUCCGUGGAGUUGGCUUUGAUAGGACUCUUGGGGGUUUUGAAAUGGAGCUGAGACUGAGGGACCACCUAGCCAAAAUUUUCAAUGAGCAAAAGAAAUCAAAGAAAGACGUAACUGAGAACUCGCGCGCCAUGGCCAAGCUGCUGAAGGAGGCGCAAAGACUCAAGACAGUACUGAGCGCAAAUGCUGAACAUGUAGCCCAGAUUGAGGGGCUGAUGGAUGAUAUCGACUUCAAGGCCAAGGUGACCCGUGCUGAGUUCGAGGCUCUGUGCGCUGAUCUCUUUGACCGAGUGCCAGUACCAGUGCAGCAGGCGCUUGCUGCUUCUGAGAUGUCUUUGGAUGAGAUUGAACAAGUCAUUCUGGUUGGAGGAGCCACACGAGUUCCCAGAGUACAGGAUGUGCUUCUCAAAGCAACAAAUAAAGAAGAGCUGGCAAAGAACAUAAAUGCUGAUGAGGCAGCAGCUAUGGGUGCAGUGUACCAGGCUGCAGCUCUGAGUAAAGCAUUUAAAGUCAAACCUUUUCUGGUCCGAGACGCAGCCGUCUUUCCGAUACAGGUGGAAUUUAGCCGUGAGACUGAUGAAGAUGAAGGUGCAAAGGGAAUCAAGCACAACAAGCGCAUUUUGUUUCAGAGGAUGGCGCCAUAUCCCCAGCGCAAAGUCAUCACCUUCAACCGUUACACCGAUGACUUCAUUUUCAACAUUAACUAUGGAGACCUCAGCUUCCUCAGCCAAGAGGAUCAGAAGAUGUUUGGCUCUGUGAACCUGACCACAGUGAAGCUGUCUGGGGUGGGCGACAGCUUUAAGAAGCACUCUGACGCCGAGUCCAAAGGCAUCAAGGCCCAUUUCAACAUGGAUGAGAGUGGUUUGCUCAUUUUAGACAGGGUGGAGUCAGUGUUCGAGACUGUUGUAGAGGAGAAAGAGGAAGAAUCAACUCUCACUAAAUUGGGGAACACUAUUUCCAGCCUGUUUGGAGGUGGGAGCACAGAGCCCACUGCUAAUGUGACAGAAGCAGUACAGGAUGAAGAGGAGGUUCCUCCUGAAGCUGGAAAAGAGCAGGAAGAGGUGGUGCAGAAGACUGAUGAGGCUGCCCAAGAGCAAUCUAAGACUGAGGAGAAAAGCAAAGAAGAGCCUCAGGCUGAGGAGAAGAAAUCUGAUGAAGGCUCUGACAAAGAGGAGCCUCAGGCAGAGAAGGUGGCUGAGGCAUCAGAAAAAUCUGAUGAGGAGAAAGCAGCCGGAGCAAAAGAGGAAGAGAAGGAGGCAGAGAAUAAACCCAAACCCCUGAAAAAGAGCAAAAUCUCAGUAGAUAUUGGAGUGGAGUUGGAGGUUAAUGAUGUACUUAAUCCUAGCCCAGAAGACAUUGAUGACUCCAAAAAGAAACUGCAGGAUCUGACAGACCGAGAUCUGGAAAAACAAGAGAGGGAAAAGUCACUAAACAGUCUGGAGGCAUUCGUCUUUGAGACUCAGGAUAAGCUGUACCAGGAUGAGUACCAGGCUGUGGUCUCUGAAGAGGAGAAGGAGGCAAUCUCCAGCAAGCUCAGUGAGGCUUCAGCAUGGUUGGAUGAAGAGGGAUAUUCAGCAGGAACCAAAGAGCUGAAGGAGAAGCUGACCGAGCUGAAGAAGCUGUGCAAAGCCAUGUUCUUCCGAGUGGAUGAGAGGAAAAAAUGGCCAGACAGACUAGCAGCACUCGACAGCAUGCUCAACCACUCUACCAUGUUCCUGAAGGGUGCUAAAUUGAUUUCAGAAGAUGAUCAGAUUUUUACUGAAGUUGAGCUGAAGACCUUGGAGAAAGUCAUAAAUGAGACUAUGACCUGGAAGAAUGAAACUGUGGCUGAGCAGGAGAAACGCUCUCCUACAGAGAGACCCGUGCUGCUAUCUAAAGACAUUGAGGCCAAACUCUCCCUCUUAGACAGAGAGGUCACCUACCUGCUCAACAAAGCCAAGUUUGCUAAGCCAAAGCCCAAACCAAAACCUAAAGAAAAGAACUCCACCAGCUCUGACAAUGGCAAAACUAACACCACUGACUCGGAGAAAGUCAUCUCUCCCAAAGAUGAGUCCAAUGGAGCUGAGGAGGUGAAACCAGUAGAGGAACCUCCCACCAAGGAGAAUAAAAAGGAAGAUACUGAGACAGAGCCAACAAUAGCAGAAGAAAAAGAAGACAAAGAAACAACAGGAGAUGAUUCACAAAACCAUAUAGGAGAUGAAUUAUAACCACUGGAACAUCUCAUUUUUUGUGUUGUCGUAUUUAUUGACUGUGAUAAAACAUCCUUUUUUUUUUUUUUUUUUUUUUUUUUUUUUUAAAACAUCUUUUCUCCUCACAUAACACCAAUAUUUCGGAGCAUUUUAGGUAACGUCAGCAUUUUCAUAUAGUAGCUCUACUGUGUGAUCUACUGAAACCGAAUACAUUCAACUUGAAGGUUUACAGGCAACUACAGCCUGUGUUAAUCCUGUCUGUCUGUAUAGAAUGUACACAUUGCAGAAUUUCCCUCAGUCUCUGUGUACUUGCUAUUGGGGUUAUACAUUCACAAAAUGAGCUCACUCCAUGUCAAGUUCACCGUGUCUUCACAAAUAGUAUAACAUUUUUGUGCUGGAGUUUAGACUUUCAACCUAAAAUCUUAAAUUCUAGAUGCAUUUGAGAAGAAAUGCAAGAUGAAUUUGAAUAUGAUUUAAAACUUUCUUCCCCGUCCAGAUGGUCAUCGACAAUAAAAUUUCUGGUAAUUUGUAUAACCAGACAGGAUGACAAAAAAUGUAAAGUAUAAGUCUUUUAAGACUACUCCUUUCGUAGGCAUUUGUUAUGUCUAGAAAUGCAGAAUUGUCUAGAAAUGCAUGAAUCAUGUCUAUAAAUGCAGAAUUCUUUAUCAGUGAAGUACAAUAACAAAAUUUUUUACUUUGCCCUUGUAUAAAUUCAGUUUCUGUAUGUGGACCAUGUCACUUCAGUAUUCAGUCCCAUCAUGUCCGUGCACUUGCAUUAUACACUGACUGACCACAUUAUUAGGAACACCUGUACACCCACUCGUUCAUGUAAUUAUCCAACCAGACAAUCGUAUGGCAGUACUGUAGUGCUUACAAGCAUGGAGAUGCAGGUCAAGAGCUUCAGUUAAUGUUCACAUCAAACAGGAUGGCUGGUGCAGGACAGGUUCGUUAGAGUAUUUCUACUGAUGAUCUGGGAUUUUCAUACACAACAGUAUCUAGAGCUUACAACGGUGAGAGAGAAACACAAAGUGGUUCUGUGAGUGGAAAUGCCUUGCUGAUGAUCAAGAUCACUUUAAUGAGAAUGGUCAGAGUAUGUGCUUGCUAAGAAAACAUUCCCCACACCAUUACACCACCUCCACCAGCUUGAUCUGUUGACACAAAGAAGGUUGGGUCAAUAAAUUCAUGCUGUUGGUGCCAAAUUAUGACCAUACCAUUUGUGUACUUCUAAUGAAUCUCGAUUUCUUCUGAUCAGGCUAUGUUUUUCUGAUCAUCCGUGCAGUUUCAGUGAGCCUGUGUCCACUGUAGCCUCAGAUUACUGUUCUUGGCUGAUAGUAGUAGAACUCCAAUAUGGUCUUCUGUUGUAGGCUUGACAUGUUGCUGGUUCUGAGAUGCUUCUCAGCUCACUACGGUUGUAAAAAGUGCUUAUUUGAGUUACCGUAGUCUUCCUCUGAACUGAAAAUUUCUGCCUGCAGUACUACCACUCACUGAAUGAAUGGUUGUUUGUUGUGAACAUUAACUGAAGUGUUUGACCUGUAUCUGCAUGAUUGUAUGUAUUGUGCUGUUGUCAUAUGAUUGGCUGAUGGGAUAAUUGCAUGAAUGAGCAGGCGUACAGGUGUUUCUAAUAUAGUAGACAGUGAGCGUAGGUUAACACCACUGAUUAGCUUUUUUUUUUUUUUUUUUUAAAUGCAACCACAUCCACUUACUUAUAUUACCAGUGAAUUGGGGAUAAUACUACCAGGGACUCCUUUGACUGCAAUGACAUUAAGGAAGUUCUAUGGUUUUUUACUUCCCAUGAGAGCUUUUGCCGUUUCAAGAAAGUAAAAGUGCAAAUUCUUUAUUCCUCCUUUUCAUCCGUUCCCAUUCUUUUCACUGUUCCAUUGUCUUUGUUUCUGGUCUGUUGAAGAAAUAGUAUAUAAUGUCUGGGGAAAGGGAUAUUUUGUUUCUAAGCUGUUAAUAAAAUCUUUUUUUUAAAUCUUUCUCCAUGUCACGUAAUGUAUUUCAAUUACUGUUCUUUGAAAACCCACAAGGGUAUACAUAUACCAGGGGUUUAGUAUCCAUCUGACUGAAAGAUGUUUAAGAUUUUGGUAUGUCAAACUUAAAGCAACACGGUCUGUAACAGGAUCAUCUAACGUACAGAUAAGUUUGUAAAAGAAGAUACACACAUUCAGUACAUACACUCACUGAGCACUUUAUUAGGAACACUAUACUGAUACUGGGUAAGGCUGCCCUUUGCUCUCAAGACAGCCUCAGUUAUUGACUCUAUGUUGACAUGAUUGCAUCAUGCAAUUCCUACAGAUUUUUCAGGUGCAUUUUCAUGCUGCAAAUCUCCUGUUCUACCACAUCCCAAAUGUAUUCUAUUGGAUUCAGAUCCGGUGGACUGGGAAGGCCACUGAAGAACACUGAACAUUGUCAUGUUCAGGAAACCAGUUUGAGAUGACUUUUGCUUUGUGACAUGGUGUAUUAUCAUGCUGGAAGUAGCCAUUAGGAGAUGGGUAAAUUGUGGCCAUGAAGGGAUGCACAUGGUCAGCAACAAUACUCAAAAAGGCUGUGGCAUUAAAUCGAUGAUUGGUAUUAACGGGCACAAAUUGUACCAAGAAAACAUUCCCCACAACAUUACACCACCUCCACCAGCCUGGACUGUUGACACAAGGCAGGGUGGGUCCAUGUAGUCAUGUUGUUUCUGUCAGCUCGAACCACUCUGGCCAUUCUCAGUUGCCCCCUCUCAUCAACAAGACAUUUUCAUCCAUAGAACUUUCACUCACUGAAUAAUGUUUCUUUAUUGCACCAUUCUGAUUGAAUGCUAGAGACUGUUGUCUGUGAAAAUGCCAGGAGAUAAGCAGUUAUAGAAAUACUCAAACCAGCCUGUCUCGCACCAGCAAUCAUGUCACAGUCAAAAUCACAUUUUUUGCUUCACUGAUGAUUGAUAUGAACAUUACUUGAAGCUGCUGGCUCAUAUCUGCCUGAUAUGCAUUGCACUGCUGCCACACAAUUGGCUGAUUGGAUAAUUGCAUAAAUGAGUAGGCGUACAGUAUGGUGUGAGGAUGCUAGCGCUACUUGUAUUGUUCUCUGCUUGAAAUAUUGCUUUGCUUGUAUUUUUUCAUUUGUAAUUUGCUUUGGACAAAAACAUCUGCUAAAUGAAUGUGUAAAUGUACAGGUGUUCCUAAUAAAAUGUUCAGAGUGUGAAUACAAUAUACAUUACAUGCAAAAAAUGAGAUGCAGAAAAAUAAUGAUGUACAUUGAUAAUUGUUAUACAGAUGUGUAAAAUAUAAGGUUCUGGGAGAAAAUAAAAGCCUUUCUCCUUUCUCUACA